UUAGGUGGUGGAUUCAUGGCCGCAGACAGACCUUGCGGGGACACCUGGCCUGGGGAAUCUCCACCCUGGGCUGGGAAACAAGAGCGUGUUGACAUUCAAGGGACCUUGUGAUAUGGAAGACAAUGAAAACAUCCCCACAGGCACCGGCAGACAACACAAUCCGGACCGCUUCCCACACCAUGUCAUCUCACACCCCCGGUCAUACUUACGGAACCGUCCGAUGGAGCAGAUCGUGGUGCUGAUCACCGGUUGCUCGUCCGGGAUAGGCCUCAGUCUGGCUGUACGUCUGGCCUCGGACCCAGCCAAAACCUACAAAGUCUAUGCUACUAUGAGGAACCUGGCAAAGAAGGAGCGGCUGCUGGAUUGUGUGAAGGGUCUCCAUAAGGACACCCUGGAAAUCCUUCAGAUGGACGUCACGGACCAGCAGUCUAUCCUGGACGCCAGACACAGGGUCACAGAGAACCGGAUGGACAUUCUGGUGUGCAACGCCGGCGUGGGUCUGAUGGGGCCACUGGAGGCCCAGGCCCUGGACACCAUGAGGCAAAUCCUGGAGGUCAACGUCCUGGGCACCAUCAGCACCAUCCAAGCCUUCCUACCAGGGAUGAAGGCCCGGGGCCACGGGCGCAUCCUGGUCACGGGCAGCCUGGGUGGGCUACAGGGACUCCCCUUCAACGAGGUCUACUGCGCCAGCAAGUUUGCCGUGGAGGGCGUCUGCGAGAGCCUGGCCGUUCUCCUGCAGCACUUCAACAUCCAUGUGAGUCUGGUCGAGUGCGGCCCGGUCAACACUGACUUCCUGGACAACCUGCAGACGGCCAAGCCGGGGGAGGCCGCGCUGCAGCGGGUGGACGAGCACACGCGCAGCCUCUACCACACGUACCUGAAGCACUGUGGGAUGGUGUUCCAGAACGCCGCUCAGGACACAGACGACGUUGUGAAGAUAUUUCUGGAGGCCAUCCAGUCAGCGAGCCCUGCAUUCAGAUAUUACUCCAGCGAUGCCCUCCUACCCCUCACCAGCCCUAAGAUCUCUGCACCAGAUGGGUUGCAGUACAUCAGAACGAUGAGCAAGAUCAUCUUCUCAACGAACGAGAAAGAGGAACAAAAAUAGCCACCUGACUGGGAAAUUUAUUAUAAACAGGGAAGGUGGAAUCCUGAAUACUGAUUGGCUGAAAGUUAUGGUAUAUGAGAUGAUAUGAUGUUAUGAUGUUAGUUAUUUUUUUCCAAAUUGUAUCUAAUUGUGUUGUUCUCCAGUAUAUAAUAACAAUAAGACUUCUUUGAGGGACUGUGGUAUAUUUCCAAUAUUACACGGCUAAGUGCUGUAUAUUAGCCAUGGUAUAUUGA